AUGGGAAUUUGGUGUGUAGAUCUGCUUAUUGGCCUUGUUUUUCCUAUUAUAUGCCGAGUUGCAAAGUGGUAUUACUUCCUUCUGCAAUUGGAAGUGAUUGCUAUUUAUAAACUUCUUCCGCUUCCAUCACCUCAUCAAGUUGGAAAUGCUGAUUUGACGGUAAUUCUGGUUGCACUUUAUCCAGUCACGACUGGUGGGUUUGUUGGCAAAUAUAUACUUCACGGUGUUGGUCCUGGAGCAGUAGAAUUUCUUAGAUAUCAUUUUCAAGCUUCAACAUUUGGUGAUAACUCUAUUCAGAGCCCAGAGUUGUCUAGAGAUUGGGAGGUAGUUUUAACUGCUGUAGAAGUAGAAUCUCUUCGGUCAGAAAUUGCUGCUUUGGAAGAAAGAGAAGCUCAUUUAAAAGCGCAAUUAGAACAUAUUGAUGAAAUACUGCAGUCAGCUCGCUUGUCGGGUUAUUUAUUUGUGAGAACGAGAUGGGCGGCUUUACCAGGAGAACCUCUUCCUAUUGAUGAUGACACUGAAGUUGACGACUGGCUUCCUAGAUUUCUUGUCCUUCAGGGAUCGUGUAUUUUCUUGUAUUCAUCAUCCACUGAUCUGAGCCCUCAAGAUUCGACCCUCCUAUCUGAUGUUGUUGAAGUUGGAGCCCUGCCUUGUCUGACACGAGAAGACGGUGAAACUCGGUAUUGCUUUUAUAUCUCAACUCGUCAUGGGUUGCGAUAUGAAUGUUUUAGUGUUUCUAAAAUACAGGUUGAUUCCUGGUUGGCGACAUUACAGAAUGAGUCUGAGCUGCAAUCUAAUAGCACAGCACCUGAUGAGUUAACUAAGACUUGACAUGUUCUUCUUUCAGUACUCUAUAAGAAGAACCUGUAAAUAGGUGAAAAUGGAAGCAAAGGCAUUAUCAUUCACUUGGAAGUUGAUUGCCAAUUGUUAGUAUUCACCAUUAUUCUGUACAUAGCCUAUCUAACUGCCAUUGUAUGGCAUUCAAGUUACCAUUUGAAUAAAAUGUUUCCAGUUUAAGGAUUGUUAUCAUCCAUUAAUGAUGUCCUGAAAACAAAGCAAUGUCUUUCAGAUUGUUAAUGGAAUGUCAAAGUGAACAAGGUAUUCCAUCUCAUAGCGAUGAUACAGCUUUUCGUGCAA